AUGAAGCUGCCCGUGGUCCUGGUGCUUCCCUUGCUGGGCACUGCCUCAGCCCAUAGGCUCUUAAAAACCCUAGAGCCAAUGGUGCUGGAAGGCUUUGCUCUGGAGGAGGAAACAGAGCUGGAGCUUGGGGACCCAGAGCUACAGUGCCCCUUGGAGCAGAAGAACAUGAUGACGGUGACAGAUGAGUCUGGCAAGAAGUUUUACUAUAAAAUAGUGCCCAAGCCUCAGACCUUUGAAAGGGCCCAGGGCGGGAAAAUGACCUCCUGCUGGGUAGAUGGCACCACCUGGAAUUUCUCCAACUGGGACUUUGGAAGCCCCACUAAGCUUUGGAAAACAUGUUCCGCCUUGAGCCCCAUAGAUGGUCGAUGGACUGGUCUCACCUGCUACCACCUUCAGCCCUUCAUCUGCAAGUACUGAGGUGGCUACUUCCAGCCACGGGGCCCACAUCCACUCCACUGCCUCCACCCUCCCAAGCUCUGCCAGAUGUCCCUGCUCCUAGUGCCUCCCCCCACCCCCGGCAGUAGGUCCUGGCCCUGCCC